AUGGUGGAAAAUGGAGAACCGUUCGCAUUGACGAUGGUCCUUCGGUUGUGUUUCGUCAUUGUGUUCUGUGUUGGGCUAUGUGGUAAUCUUCUUGUAUGUAUUGUAAUGAUACAACAACGACGUAUGAGAACUGUUAUGAACUGUUUCACUUUGAAUCUUGCUAUUUCUGAUCUGAUAAUCAUAGUGAUAUAUGUCCCGUCGCAAUAUGCUGCUUAUGAAAACAACCAGAACUGGCCAUUUGGGAAUGUUGGAUGCCGUAUAACAUAUAGUACCGUUCCUGUAUGUGUGUCUGCCUCUAGUGCAACAUUGCUCGCUAUAAGUUGUGAAAGAUUUCGAGGUAUUGUGUUUCCAUUUCAACCUCGCUUGAGAUUGACAACUGUGCGAAGGAUCAUUAUAAUAAUAUGGAUCGUGUCGAUAACAACUGCAUUACCACUGAUGAUAAUUGCUGGAACGAUUCAUAAAGGGGACAAUACUUUUUGUGAUGAACUUUGGCCAAAUCCGGAUUCCUCAAGAUUUUACUGGAUAGCCAUGUUUCUACUGCAAUAUGUUAUACCACUGAUAGUCAUGAGUGUACUAUAUAGUGUAGCUGGAUGGAAACUACAGAAACGUUCACGAUUUCUUGCCAAUAACUCCAGAGGUCGUGCAGGUAGUAUCAACUAUGCCGCGGAAGUAGCAAGACAACGACAAAGUCAAAAGAUUACAAAAAUGUUGGUUGCAUUAAUUUUAAUCUACUCAUUUUGUAUGCUUCCUCAACAUGUUGUGUACUUUUGGUCAAUGUACGGUAAUUUAAGGGAAUGGAAAUACUAUCUAUAUGUAUUUCGUAUAUCUAACGUAUUUACUAUGGCGAACAGCGCUUUAAACUCUAUAGUGUAUGGAACACUUCAAGCUGACUUUCGUAAAGCUUACAGAUUAUUCUUUCUCAAGUGUAACUGUUGCUUAUGUAGGGAAAAAGAGCGAGAGAAUUCAAGCCAGGAAAAACCUUAUAACAAAAUUGCAUUUAAAUUAAAACCUGUUCAGAAAGAUACGGUGGAAACAUCGUUCCGUGAAAAAAUGAAAUCAUUAGCGACAUCGGACCCGGAGAACAAUGGCAUCUCAGGAACAAACAAAGCAUCGCUAAACCGUCGUCUUUCAUCAGAUUCGCGGAGUCCCUUAAUUUCUGGGGAGAGUACGAGUGACUCUCAGCAUUCAAAACACUCUGACUCUCACAAAGAAAACAAUGAAGUGAAAAUAAUUCUCCAUCAAAAUGGCGUGAAACUGAAAGAGUUAAAAGAUUGGAACGGAAAUACAAAUGAUUCUCAGCAUGUAAAUGCCGGAACAACAUACGUCAAGGUUUUCUUAAACAAAGAAACUCGAAGGAAGGAAACUUUGGUUCAUGAUGACACGAACCAAAGUAGCGUUAUUUUUGAUACUGUUAUUAAACCUGAAGACAUUGGCUUGCUAGACAGUGCAAAGGAGACUGUACUGUAA